AUGGCUAUUCGAUUCCCUUCUGUGCUCGCUAGUGCAAAGCAAAUUCUUAGUAGAAAACAGCAAUCAGUAGUACCAAAAGGGUACAUCCCAGUUUAUGUGGGUGAUCAAGUAAACAAAAAGAGAUAUGUGGUGCCGCUUUCUUUCUUAAGUCACCCUGCAUUCCAAUGUAUGCUACACUGUGCUGAACAAGAGUUCGGGUUUAAUCAUCCUAUGGGCGGUCUGACGAUUCCUUGCUCUGAAGAAACAUUCUUCGAGCUAACUUCAGAACUAAAUUGCUAA